AUGGCAAGGAAAUCUGGCUCGAAAUCUCAAAGCAGCAAGCAUGGAAAUGGCAAAGGAAAACCACGAGGACCAUCAUCUGAUUCCCAAGCUUUGAAAACACGCAGUAUUGAGGAGGUUUUGGGGGUAGAAGCUCUGGAUUUUGGUGUCGAAAAUGAAAUUUUUACGCCAAAAUCAGGGUUGCAACACCUUCAAACUCGUUCAGAAAUGCGACAUUCGUUUAAUGAAUUCAUGGAAGUGAUUCAUGGGUCAGCAAAUCAGAUGAUACAAGGUAAUGCUCGAUCUAAUAUGGCGGUGGGUACGAUUUCAAUUCCUAUUUUGCAGCAAUUUGAUGAAGUUGCUAAUACUGAUACUGAACCUAUUGCUGAAUCAAAUAGUGUGAGUGAAACAACUAUGAAUCUAGAACAUAUUGACCUAGAUAAUACUGAUGACAAUGAAUUUCAUAAUGCUGAGAGUAAUCCUGUUAAAAUUGAUGUUGAUGAUAUUCAAGAGGAGAUUGAUUUUUGGAAUUCAGUUGUGGUGUGUUACAUUGUGGGGGUUAAUCCUCCCAUGGAGGGAUUCAUUAGGAGGAUAUGGAAGCAACUGAAUGCAGAUAAAGUUGUAAUGGUGAGAAAGGGGGUUUUUCUGGUGAGAUUUCUUACUAUGGAUUCGAGAGAUAAGGUGUUGACAGGACAUUAUUUUUUUGACAGCAAACCCCUUAUUCUGAAACCAUGGAAUCCUUAUAUGGAUAUGGAUAAACCAGAGCUUCAAUCUGCAUUUUUUAAGAUUGUAGCACAAUUAGGAAAGCCAAUCAGGAGAGAUCAUGCUACAAUCUGUAGAGACAAAUUGCAGUUUGCUAGGGUAAUGGGGGAUGUGCCAUUGUCUCAAGACUUACCUGACUACAUCUAUUUUAGAGAUAAGAAUGGAGUAAUGGUAAGAGUUGUUAUAUUCUAUGAAUGGAGGCCAACAAGGUUCACACAGUGCAAGAUGUUUGGUCACUUACAGGCUAAAUGUAGACAAGGUAUGAAAAGGGUUUGGGUCAGGAAAGCCUCACAACCUGUUCCAGCUCCAAUCCAACCAAUCACUGAACAUGUGGCUAGUCUUAUUGUGGAUCAAGAAGGGUUUCAUAGAUCAUUGAGGCCAAUAAGGGUGAGAGUUGAAUCAGAGGUUCCAGUUAGAAUCUCUAAUGCAUUUCAGGUGUUGGAUGUCCCAUUAAUUGAUAAUGCAGUGCUGAAACAGAAUAAGGUCAAGCACUUCAUUCAAAAGCAUGCAGUGGGUUUAGUUGGUCUCCUGGAACAUAAGGUGAAGCUCUCUAAUCUUGGGAAGCUUUAUCAAAGAGUUUUUACAAAUUGGUGUUUCACAAGCAAUUCUAGCUUUCAUUCUGGAGGAAGAAUAGUUGUAGCUUGGAAAUAUGGUUGUUUUACAGUUAACAUUGUUGUUGCUUCUAGUCAAUUUGUGCAUUGCCAUAUUACUCCAGUCAGUGGUAUGCAUAGUUUCUAUUGCACUUUCAUUUAUGCUUUUAAUGAUGCUGCUGUUGAUGAAAGAACUGGGGCUACAGUAAGACAUAGUGAUAUUGUUGAUAUUAGUAAUUGUAUCCAUGCCUGUGGAAUGGAGUAUAUCAAGUGUGUGGGAAGAUUUUUCACAUGGAACAACAAGCAACAAGGUAGUAAAAGAGUUUUCUCAAAGAUUGACAGAAUUAUGGCUAAUCAAGCAUGGCAAGGGUGUUUUUCAGCUGCUGAAGUUUGUUUCAUGCCUGAGGGACAUUUUGAUCAUUCCCCUGGUUUACUAACUGUGUAUCCUAGGAGUGAUGGAGGAAGGAAACCUUUUAAAUAUUUCAUAAUGUGGAAGAGUUCACCUGUGUUUUCAGAUACUAUUCAGAAGAUUUGGAGUACUCAGAUAGUUGGAAAUAAAAUGUUCACUUUGGUUAGUAAACUAAAGAAGGUUAAGCAAGCUCUCAGAGAGUUGAAUAAAGUGGGUUUUACUAAUGUUCAAGCUGAUGACUUAAAGGCAUAUCAGGAUAUGAUUGCUGCUCAAAGUGCCAUGCAUAACAAUCCUACAGAUUCCACUGUGGCUGAUGCAGAGUUAAAAUCUAUACAAGAGUAUAAAGACAAGCACAAGGCAUAUCUGGCUUUUCUAAGUCAGAAAUCUAAAGUAGCUUGGCUUAAAGAAGGGGAUGACAACACUGCUUUAUUUCAUCAGAGUAUCAAAGCCAGAAAAGUGCAAAAUCAAGUUGAUAGUAUUUAUGACAUGAAUGGGGAUUGGAAAGUUACAGUUGAAGAGCAAGGUCUAGUUUGUCAAGAUCAUCACAAAAACAUUCUCAAUACCCCCUAUACAGCUGAUGAGGUGAAGAAUUCUCUUUUCUCUAUUCCAGGGGUUAAAGCUCCUGGUCCAGAUGGUUUUGGCUCCUAUUUUUACAAAGAUGCAUGGCAUAUUGUAGGAGAUGAUGUAAUAAUAGCUAUUCUUGACAUGUUGCAGAAUGGAGAGCUCUUGAAGGAAGUGAAUCAUACUGUUAUCACUCUCAUUCCUAAGACUAAAUGUCCAAAGGAUGUGAGUGAGUUCAGACCAAUAUCCUGUUGUAAAACAAUUUAUAAGUGCAUUACCAAGGUUCUGUGUGGGAGAUUAAGACAAGUUCUUCCUGAUCUUAUACUGGAAAAUCAAGGAGGAUUUGUUCAUAGAAGGUAUAUAGUCCAUAACAUCAUGGUAGUCCAAGAUCUGGUAAAACACUAUGGCAGGAAAGGAGUUAAGCCCAGUUGUCUUAUGAAGAUUGAUCUUCAGAAGGCUUAUGAUACAGUUGAUUGGCACUUUUUGCAAGACAUGCUAACAUAUCUGGUUUCCCCAAUCAUUUUGUGA